AUGAAUCGAAGUUUUAGGGGAAAAGAGUCUCUAUUGUUGGACUCAGCAGAGAGACAAAGGAAACAACUUAGGGCUUCUUUGAUGGCUGAUAAAGAUGAAGAACUCUCAUUGUUUCUUGAAAUGAGAAGGCGUGAGAAAGAGCAAGAUAAUCUCCUUCUCAGUAACCCUGAUGAGUUUGAGACUCCAUUAGGUUCAAAGCCUGGAACGUCACCAGUGUUCAACAUCUCAAGUGGUGCUCCAGCUCGGAAAGCAGCUGCUCCUGAUGAUUUUCUCAAUUCUGAAGGCGAUAAAAAUGACUAUGAAUGGCUUCUGACCCCUCCAGGUACUCCUCUAUUUCCAUCGCUGGAGAUGGAAUCACAUAGGAACACGAUGAGUCAGACAGGUGAUUCAAAGAGUCGUCCGGCUACAUUGACUUCUAGGCUGGCGAACUCCUCAACAGAGUCUGCUUCAAUGAACCAUCUAACAUCUAGACAAGCAACUUCUUCUCCUGGAUUGAGCUCUUCUAGUGGAGCAAGUCGAAGACCUUCGUCAUCUGGAGGACCUGGAUCAAGACCCGCCACGCCCACUGGAAGAUCAUCAACACUAACAAACAAUUCAAAAUCCUCAAGGCCUUCAACACCCACUUCGCGAGCCACCGUCUCCUCAACUACUCGUCCUUCUCUGACUAACUCUAGGUCCACAGCAUCUGCAACGACUAAGCCUACGCCUAUGAGUAGGUCAGCAAGUUCAUCUAGGCUCACACCUACUGCAUCUAAACCAACUAUUUCAACUGCUAGAUCUGCUGGUUCAGCUACUAGAUCUACCACCAGUACCGCCACAAAAUCUGCAGGUCCUUCAAGGUCUACCACACCUCUGUCAAGAUCCACUGCCAGAUCUUCGACACCAACUUCAAGACCCACUCUUCCUCCGCUUAAAACCAUAUCGAGGUCAGCUACACCAACUCGCCGCCCAAUUUCUUCCGCUAGUGCUGUAACUACUACAGCAAAGCCAACAAUAUCCCAAAUCAAGCCUUCUUCUCCAGCGGCGAAGCCUAUGCCAACACCAUCUAAAACUCCUGUAUCACGUGGAGCUUCUCCUACAGUGAGGUCAAGGCCAUGGAAGCCAUCAGACAUGCCUGGUUUCUCUCUAGAAACUCCUCCAAAUCUAAGGACAACAUUACCCGAAAGGCCACUUUCAGCAACAAGAGGUAGACCCGGAGCUCCAAGCCCUCGUUCUGGUUCAGUUGAACCAGGUGGUCCGACCGGAGGAAGACCAAGAAGGCAGUCAUGUUCACCAUCAAGAGGAAGAGCACCAAUGUACUCUAGUGGCAGCUCUGUUCCUGCGGUCAACCGUGGAUACUCCAAAGCAAAUGACAAUAUUAGUCCUGUGUUGAUGGGAACAAAAAUGGUGGAGAGAGUAAUAAACAUGCGGAAACUAGCUCCUCCCAGAUCGGAUGACAACAAGGGUUCUCCUCAUGGUAACUUGUCUGCAAAAUCCUCUUCACCAGACAGUGCAGGAUUUGGAAGAUCACUCUCCAAGAAAUCACUUGAUAUGGCAAUAAGGCAUAUGGAUAUACGUAGAACCAUACCAGGGAACCUGAGACCACUGAUGACGAACAUUCCAGCAUCAUCAAUGUACAGUGUGAGAUCUGGACAUACAAGAGGCAGACCAAUGAAUGUUACAGAUUCUCCACUAGCAACAAGUAGCAAUGCAAGCUCAGAGAUCAGUGUCUGCAACAACAACAAUGGCAUUUGCUUAGAGGCAAGCGAAAAAGAAGAUGACGCAGGCAGCGAAAGAGGUUGCAGGUCACCUGCAAGCUUACAAGGAAGGUGA